GCCAAGAACGAUUACCUGGGCUGCAAUAAAAGCUGUGCAAGGGCUCUUCUCUAGUAUAGUUUUCUGAAAGGCAAAAUGAGCAGAGUUCUUGUUGGUGUGCUUGCAGCCGUUGUGCUCUUUGCAUUUGGAUACUCUCUGGAAUGCUACAGAUGUGACCUUGGCUUCUGGAACAUGUGUUUCACCACGAAGAUGACAUGUAAUCCAGGAGAGCAGUGUUUCAGUGGAACAGGGAAAGCUGCUAAUGUAAUUGACAUCAAGAAGAAAGGCUGUCUGCGAUCUGAAGACUGCAACCAAGAGUCCAUUGUGUCUUUCUUCACGAACAAGACUCUCUACUCUUUCAACACAACUUGCUGUGCCACAGAUCUCUGCAAUGCUGCCCCCAGGCUAUCUGUGCCAGCUCCAUCUCUACUGCUGACUGUUCUCAUGCUAUUAUUUGUGGGAGUCCACUUUCAAGUUUGACGUUGCCUCCUUUUCCUACUAUGGUGGGACUCUGACCAUUUAACUUGUUCCUGGUGUAUGUUCGAUUACACUUUAUGUUCACUCGCACCAGUUGGCUCACACUUUAUAUUGAUGUGAUGUACAAGCUAAAAAUGCAAUCGGACAUUGCUGUCUUGUGACUGCUUGAUUGUGUUCAAGAUGCUUUUACUAGUCAAAUUUGGAAGGGGGAUGUGACUAAUGAAUUGCUGAACUGUAUUGCUCUUAUCUAUUGUAUUUAAUGUUUUUCCUGAAUAAAUGUUGCUUAUAA